AUGGCUGAAAUCGUUGUUUCUGCCUUCUUCUCAGCGGUCUUUGAAAAGCUUGCAUCUGAAGCCUUGAAGAAGAUCGCUCGCUCCAAGGGAGUUGAUUCUGAGCUCAAGAAAUUGAAGAGGUCAUUAGAGCAGAUCCAAGAUCUGCUUAAUGAUGCUGCCCAAAAGGAAAUAGCUAACAAAGCUGUUAAAAGAUGGAUGAAUGGUCUCCAACAUCUGGCUUACGACAUUGACGACCUACUUGAUGAUUUGUCAACAGAAGCUAUGCGUCGUGAGUUAACCGAGGAACCUGGAGCCACCACCAGCAUGGUAAGAAAGCUAAUCCCCGCUUGUUGCACAAAUUUCUCACUAAGUACUAAGAUUCAUAGCAAAUUAGAUACUAUUACCACCGAGUUACAAAAGCUGGUAGAGGAAAGAGAAAAUUUUGGUUUAAGUGUGAAAGAUGAAAGCCCAAAACAUAUGAAUAGAAGAUUAGAGACCUCUUUGGUAGAUGCAUCUAGGAUUAUUGGACGCGAAGAUGAAAAGGAUGCGUUGCUCCACAAGCUACUGGGGGAUGAAGCAUGUGAUAAAAACUUUAGCAUCGUGCCGAUAGUUGGUAUGGGUGGGGUGGGUAAGACCACUCAAGCUAGACUUUUGUACGACGAAAUGCAAGGGAAGGAUCACUUCGAACUCAAGGCGUGGGUUUGUGUAUCUGAUGAAUUUGAUAUCUUCACUAUAAGCAAAGUUAUCUUUCAAUCGAUAGGUGGGGGAAACGAAGAAUUUAAGGACUUAAAUCUUCUUCAAUUAGCUUUAAGAGAGAAGAUCUCAAAGAAAAGUUUUCUUCUUGUUCUUGAUGAUGUGUGGAGUGAAAGCUAUACUGAUUGGGAAAUUCUAGAACGCCCAUUUCUUGCAGUGGCACCGGGAAGUAAGAUUAUCAUGACGACCCGGAAGCUAUCGUUGCUAACCCAACUGGGUUACAGUCAACCUUACAGUCUGUCAGUUUUGUCACAUGAAAAUGCUGUAUCUUUAUUCUGUCAACAUGCAUUUGGUGAAAAUAACUUCGAUUCACAUCCAACACUCAAACCACAUGGUGAAGGUAUUGUUGAAAAAUGUGAUGGCUUGCCAUUGGCUUUGAUAGCGCUUGGGAGGUUAUUGAGGACAAAAACCGACGAGGAAGAAUGGAAGGAGCUGCUUAAUAGUGAGAUAUGGAGCUUAGGGAAGAGAGAUGAGAUUACUCCAGCUCUUAGGCUAAGCUACCAUGAUCUUUCUGCCAAUUUGAAGCUGUUGUUUGCAUACUGCUCCUUGUUCCCUAAGGACUACAUGUUUGACAUGGAGGAGUUGAUUCUAUUAUGGAUGGCGGAAGGGUUUUUGCAUCAAUCAAGUACUACAGGGAAAUCAAUGGAACGUAUGGGUGUUGAAUGUUUUGAAGACUUGUUGUCAAGGUCAUUUUUCCAACAGGCACCUAAUGAUAAAUCGUUAUUUGUUAUGCAUGACCUGAUGAAUGACUUGGCCAUGUCUGUUGCUGGAGAAUUCUUUUCAAGGUUAGACAUUGAAAUGAAGAAGGAAAUUGGGAAGGAUGAUCUGGGUAAAGUACCGGCAUAUGUCAUUUGUUUGUGA